CUGCUGUCUUUGCCGGUUCCGCUGGAUGUGCUGGCGCUGAUCCUGGCGCUGGCGCUGGACGUUGCGUUGGGCGAACCGCCCAACCGGUUGCAUCCGACGGUGUGGAUCGGCAACACGGUGGCGGCGGCAGAACGGGUCGCGCCGGGUCGGGAUGCUGCAACGGCGUGGCAGCUGAUAUACGGGGCAACGAUGGCCGUGGUGAUUCCCGCAGCCUGGGGAGCGUUGGCCUGGGCCGUCAGCUUUGGCCUGCUGGAACUGCACCCGCUGGCUUACGUGGUGGUAGUGGCCGCGCUGCUGAAAACCACCUUUUCGGUACGUAUGCUGCAUCGCGUGGCCGCAGAUAUCGGGAAAAUUCUGGCCGCCGGAGACAUCGGAGAGGUACGGCGGCGGAUGUCGGCGCUGGUGAGCCGGGACCCAUCCGGAUUAACGGAGAGGCAAGCGGCGGCGGCGGCCAUCGAAUCGGUGGCAGAAAACAUUACCGACAGCAUCGUGGGCCCGUUGCUGGCGUUCGCGAUCUUCGGGCUGCCGGGCGCGGUGGCGUAUCGCGCGAUCAACACACUGGACAGCAUGAUCGGGUACCGGGGGCGGUACGAAUAUCUGGGCAAACCGUCGGCGCGUUUGGACGACCUGGUGAACCUGGUCCCGGCGCGGCUGGCGGCGGCGCUGCUGUGGUUGUCCACGGUGGUGUUGCCGGGAAUGCGCGGAGGGCCGGCAUGGCGCAUCAUGCUGGCGCACCACGGGCGAACCGAGUCGCCCAACGCCGGCUGGACGAUGGCGGCGAUGGCCGGAGGGUUGGGCGUGACGCUGGAGAAGGUGGGGCACUACCGAUUGGGUGAUCCGGCGCCGGAACCGGAGGGGACCCACAUCGGGUUGGCCACGCGGGCGCUGUACCUGACCACGGCAUUGGCCGGUGGGUUGGCAGUCGGGAUCAUCUACCUGCGGGUGGCGCUGGUCUGA